CCGAAAGCUGGCUACAGUCUAGACUACCCAUUGUUUCAAGCAAAACCCUUACCUCUGAGAAGCAAAAAAGAGAUGGAAGCACAGAGACGAAACAGACUGAUUCUUGUUCCAUGCCCAUUCCAAGGUCACAUAACUCCUAUGCUUCAACUAGGCACAGUACUUCAAUCCAAAGGCUUUGUCAUCACAGUUGCUCACACCAAGUUCAACUCUCCCAACCCCUCCUACUACCCUGACUUCAAAUUCUUAGAGAUGCCCGAUGGCUUAUCCGAUCUGAAUGUUUCAUCCAAGAACUUGGUAUCUGUUUUAUCUGGUUUUAACAUCAAUUGCAAAAUUCCACUCCAGGAAGCGUUGACUCAGAUGGUAAAAACUAAUGGUCACCGUGAAAAAAUUGGCUGCAUCAUCUAUGAUGAGUACAUGUACUUCUCCAACGCGGUUGCUAAUCAUUUACAGAUUCCCAGCAUCAUCUUGUCGACUAGCAGCGCCGCCAACAUGCUCACUUACCAAGCGAUUCCAAGGUUUCUGAACGAUGGUUAUAUUCCCCUCAAAGAAACUAUGUUGAUGGAUCCAGUACCAGAGCUUCAACCACUCAGAUUCAAAGAUUUGCCCUUUUCCAAUGCCACAGACUCGGAUGGCUUGCUGCAGCUCAUUUCUGAAGCACACAAGACAAGAACAUCUUCAGCAAUAAUUUGGAACACCGCAGAAUGUCUUGAACAAUCAUCGUUAGCACAACUCGGCCAAGGAUACCAAAUUCCGUUCUUCCCAAUUGGCCCUAUGCACAAAAUGGUCCCACCAUCCUGCUGUAGCUUGUUGGAAGAGGACUAUAAAUGCAUCUCUUGGCUCGAUGAACAAAUGGAUAGUUCAGUCAUCUAUGUUAGUUUGGGAAGCAUAGCAUCUAUGGAUGAGAAAGGGCUAGUAGAAAUGGCAUGGGGUUUAGCCAACAGCAAGCAGCCUUUCUUGUGGGUGGUUCGAAUUGACUCCAGCAAUGGUAGAGAUGGGAUUAAAAUACUGCCUGAAAGUUUCGAGAAAACGGUAGGAGAAAGGGGUUACAUUGUAAAUUGGGCCCCCCAAAAAGAAGUCUUGGCACACAGAGCAGUGGGAGGAUUUUGGAGCCACUGUGGUUGGAACUCAACUAUCGAAAGCGUCUCUGAAGGGGUUCCAAUGAUAUGCCAAUCAUAUUUUGGUGACCAGAAAGUGAAUGCGAGGUUUUUGAGCCAAGUAUGGGGAGUAGGAAUCCAGUGGGAGAGCGAUUUGGAAAGAGGAGAAGUGGGGAUUGUUAUAAGAAGAUUGAUGGUUAAUGAAGAAGGAAAGGUGAUAAGGCAUAGGGCAAUAGAGCUGAAGGAAAAGAUUGAAAUUUCUAUAAAGCAAGGUGGUUCUUCCUCGAAUUCUUUGAUUGACUUGAUCAAUCACAUCUUAUUGUCUUAACUGCAUGAAAGGUCUCUGCUUCUCACUUCUUUUUUCCUUUCCUUUUCUUCAAUGUACUCCGUAAAAGAACUACACAAUAGUUUAAACCACAAAUGUCUUUAACUUCAAUUGUGGAUAA